GCUAUCAUCAAGUUGUGUUACUGCUGCGCGGAUUUUUAUUUUAACAGUUUCGUUAAACAUUCGUUUUUUUGUGCGGUUCAGUUUAUCGCCACCCGUAGUUAAGCCACCAACUCGUGCCAUCAUAGUGAAGUUCACGAAAUUAGAUCACUGCAGUGUCCACAAAACUACUACAAAAUUCAUCGACGGAUUAAUCAAAACCAUUGUUUGCUGAACCACUCCUUCGAUCCCGCAAGCUCCAUUCAGCAAAGCUCUCCGUGUUUACCGUUUAUCCAUGGCUUCGAGUAGAGUUUGCGCCCUCCACGGUUGCAGCAAUGCCGGCGUAAGAAACGAUAACAAGUUUGUUCAAUGCUUCGGCGGCUGUGAUAGAUGGUUUCAUUGGAAAUGCGCCAACCUCGAUGUUACCCUAGUCACUGCGUGCAGAGACAUAUCUGGAUUGUAUUGGUUCUGCGAAGACUGUAAAAACAGUUCUAAUUUUUACUUGCACUCCAAAGUCGACACCAUACUGGCGUUUCUCGAAUCCCUGCAAUCCGCGACUAAAGAGAUCGAAAAAAAUCUUGAGUCCAAAAUAAUCAACUGCUAUGAGUUGAUAUCUAAUCUAGCUAGUAUCAAUAGUCAAGUAAACCAACAAAUGCUCGCCAAACCCUGCUGCCAUAUCCAGAACACACACCAGGUGUCACAUUCAGUUCCCAUAAACCCAUCAGACCCCGAUGAGGAAACUACUGCGCUAGAUCUUUCGACGAACGUUAUAUUUUCCGACGAGCUUGCUGAAGCAUCCCUUGAUGUUGUACCUGGAAAGCGUAAAUUGAUUGACGACUCCUCCAUAAAAAACCACAAACGAUCCAGAACGACUGACAUGAUUUCAUCUGAUCUGGCUAACGGUUCCUCUUCUUCUCCGGAUGUCGCCGAGAUUCACUCGGAAGUCGCAACAACGAGUUCCAUUUCCAACGUCAAAGAAUCGGCUCCUGAAGUAAUCGUACUCAGUCCUGGGUCAAGCGGACCUUCUGUUCUCCCAGGUAAUAUUGAAUACGGUAUAUGUCCAGCCGUGGCAGGACAAGAUGCUACGCCACCGAUUGAUGAAGUUUCCACACCAACAGUUACAUCUCAAACAACGACUACUAUGGUCAACUACAACAGCUUGGACCAGCCUUUCAUCCAGUCAUCCGUUCCUGUGCCCGUCACAUAUUCUGUUGUCACAGGUAAUGAUGAAAAUAGUAUACGUCCUGCCGUGGCGGGACUUGAUUCUGCACUCCUAAUCGACUUUUCAUCCAGCGGCGCCGACUCUCUCAACCCACGUGAUAUGCCACCUACCGUCUCAAUGCCAGCUGACGUAGUUCCUCAUCAAACCAUCGUAGUAGCGCCACAUCCAGAACAAACUUCCGUUCAUCAACAACCAGCACAUCUCGUAUCGACCGUUUCAAAUUUCUCCAGGGCCGCUUUUCCACCUAUAAGAGCUUACGUUAACUCCAUCGGUGCAUCAGGCUAUUAUUCGUCACCAUCAAAUGCGCACACUCAUAGACUGAAGCAGCCUACUAUGCCACCAACGCAUCCUGUGUCCGCAGCAUCCAUCGUUUUCACAGGUAAUGCUUACAAUAGUAUAUGCCCUGCCGAAGCAGGGUUGGAUACUACACCCCUAAUAAACGCUUCAUUGAGAUCCAGAUAUCCUGCUCAACAACCCGCUACUUUGGCUGCCAAUGUUCACUCGAGAGCUGCACCCGCUCAAUUGAUGUCGCAACGAAGUGCACCUCGUCCAGCUUACCUUCAACCGGUUUUGCGAGCUCCGGCAGCACCCCAGCAGGCUCCGUAUUGGCACGUAUCACAAGCAUCAGCCAGAAGUUCUUCUGGUACUAUCUCUGGUGUUCCAACAGCCAGCUCAAGUUCUCACGUCAAUUCCAUCCCUUCGAGUGGAUUAUCAGCGGGGCCAACUACUGUUGCUGCUCCAGUGCUUUUGCCGCCACAAGCACGUACAAUGAAGCAUUUCUACGUGAAACCGUUUGAACCUAACACCACCGAAGACGACAUCAUCAACUACGUUUGCCAUCAAACCGGCUGGAACCUAGCAGACUUUUCUUGUCAUCGGUUGGCUUCUGAGUCCAGUAGCCGCCGGAGAACAUUUGUGUCAUUUAGAAUAGCGACUGUUGACAAUCCUUGUUUCACACAUGUAAUUAGUAGUCCAUCUUUUUGGCCUGAUUUUGUCAGUAUUGUGCCAUUUAAGCCCAAACGUAAGUAGCAAUUACCCUCAAACUUGCACGCAGGAGUUGUUGGAGUCUCAACUGGUCAACUCCACUCAACUUCAUCUCCCAGCAGAACCAGCGGUUCCAGAAGCUUAUUAGUUUUUUAUCAGAAUAUCGGUGGGAUCAAUUGCUCCGUGGCAGAAUACAGGCUAGCAUGCAGCGAUGCUGCCUACGAUAUUUACGCGUUCACCGAAACUUGGCUUAGCGAUAAUACUGUAUCAAGUCAGUUGUUCGACAAUUCGUUCACAGUCCAUCGUCAUGACCGUUCAGCCUCUAACAGCAGCAAAAGCUCUGGCGGUGGCGUUCUUCUAGCAGUUCGUUCCUCUCAUAAAUCUCGUAUGCUGUAUCCUCCAGAACACUCGUCCGUUGAACAAUUAUGGGUAGCUGUAAGUGGAAGUGACAAAACCACCUUUUUCUGUGUUGCUUACUUUCCACCUGACCUGGUGAAUGAUAGAUCCUUAAUUGACAAACAUCUCCUCUCACUUGAUUGGAUAGUUGCUCAAAUGAAUGCGAAUGACAACAUUAUCAUACUUGGCGAUUUCAAUCUUCGUGCUGUUACAUGGCUAAGAGACUCCAGUGGGACGUAUUUCCCGGAUGCAUCUCGCUCCUCGAUAUCAUCAGCAUCGCUUACUCUGUUGGACGCAUAUAGCACUGCCGGUCUCAGGCAGAUAAAUUCGGUUCAUAAUGAUAACAACCGGGUACUCGACCUGUGCUUCAUAAGUGAAGAUUUGCGUACAGAUUGUUCUGCAACUCGUGCACCAUCGCCAUUAGUGAAGGACAUACAACAUCAUCCACCUUUGCUUGUUGCAUUAAACAACGGACCUCGGCCACGUUUUGUCGAACCUAUGGACCGCGUCUCGUACGACUUUGGUAGGGGCGAUUUUGACAGUAUGAACGAAUUUCUACAAAACCUCGACUGGGCAGGAAUUUUUCAUGGCAGUGAUUGCAAUCAUGCUGCUUCGACGAUGUCAAACAUUUUGCUGUAUUCGAUUGAUCAAUAUGUACCAAAAAAAUACCACAGGGCACCUGCAAGCCCAGUCUGGUCAAACUCGGAACUUCGUCAUUUGAAGAGUGCAAAAAGAGCCGCUCUGAAGAAGCACAGCAAAUAUCGUACAGAUUCGACAAGAGCCGCCUAUAAGCUAUUUUACGAGACGUGCUACCGAUGGGCCGCUCAUUGUUAUUGUUUACAUUUGAUGUUUUUGUUUUCGCGAAAAGUAGCAUAACAUGUGGUGAGCCCCAAUCAGAUUUUUGCUGACAGAAAUGUUUUGAUUUCUAAUGUGGCAUUUAUCAAUCCCCUGAGGUGCAUGAUAUCACUAGCAGAUAAAAAAAAACCUCCCCACGGUCUACGGAUAUUGAUUAUAGUGGGCGGAUUGACGCAUUUUUGCAGAUGAAUGAACCCCGUUUAUUUGAUGGGCCUGUGUCACAUGUUAUGCUAGCGAAAAUGUAAAUAAAUGGGCCCAGCGGUUGGACUUCAAAACUGGAAAACAUUCAAAAAACAGCUGAUUUGAAACGUCUCAUAAAAUGCCUUAUUCAAGGAUCAACGAGCAGUAUUCCAGGCUGAACAACCAGCUGUACCUAGCGCAUUUGGUGGAAACUCAAAAUCGUCUUCGAUCCGACCCUAGAAGCUUCUGGCGCUACGUGAAUGACCAACGAAAACAAUCAGGACUACCCACCACCAUGACCAACGGGGUAUUGGAAGUCAAUUCAACACCAGAAAUUGCUGAGUUGUUUCGGUCUCAGUUUAGUAGCGUUUUCUCCAACGAGGUAGUUGAUAACUCCGACAUUGCCGUGGCUGUUGAAAAUGUUCCACAUGUCUCCUCUACUGCUUCACAACUUACAGUUACUCCUGACACAGUGCUUUCAGCGUUGGUGAGUUUGAAAUCUUCGACGGGAUGUGGCCCGGAUAAUAUUCCAUCCUUGGUAUUGAAGCGAUGUGCGAGCGCGCUCGCAGCACCACUAGCUACGGUUUUCGAUAUCUCACUAUCAACAGGCGUUUUUCCUGACUGCUGGAAGGACUCUUUUGUAUUUCCCAUCCAUAAAAAAGGUUGCAAACAAACAGUAUCUAACUAUAGGGGAAUCGCUGCUUUGAGUGCUACGUCCAAGCUAUUUGAAAUCGUUGUCCUGGAGCAUUUGACCCAAUCCCUCAGCCAGCAUAUUUCGCCCAAUCAACACGGGUUCAUGGCCAAACGGUCUACAAGCACUAACUUGGUAACAUUCACUUCGUUUAUCACACAAGAAAUUGAAAAGGGGCACCAAGUUGAUGCGAUAUAUACAGAUCUCUCUGCUGCGUUCGAUAAAAUGAAUCACGAAAUUGCUCUUGCCAAGUUCGACAAGCUAGGCAUUAAGAACAACGUACUUGCCUGGUUACGUUCGUAUCUAGUUGGUCGCACAAUGUCCGUCAAGAUAGGUGAUCACGAAUCAUCUCCCUUUACCGUUACCUCUGGUGUUCCUCAGGGCAGCCAUCUAGGUCCGUUCUUGUUCCUUCUGUACAUGAACGACGUCAACUCUAUCUUGGAAUGCUUCAAUCUAUCAUAUGCUGAUGACCUGAAGCUUUACUACGUUAUCCACGGACAUCGGGACACCAGUUAUCUUCAGCAACAACUUGAAGCAUUCGCUGACUGGUGCCGCCUAAACCGGAUGGUGUUGAAUGUAACGAAAUGCUCAGUCAUCUCGUUUGGACGAAAACGAUCACUUUUACAUCAUGACUACUGCCUGGAUGACACCUAUUUAAAGCGGCAAACCACUGUAAAGGAUCUGGGUGUUAUGAUGGAUGCUAAACUUGAUUUCAAGGAUCAUGUCGCUUAUAUCGUUUCUAAGGCAUCCUCACAGUUGGGCUUUGUAUUUAGGUUUGCAAAAAAGUUCAAAGACGUAUAUUGUCUGAAGUCACUUUAUUGUUCGCUGGUUCGACCGAUCCUUGAAUAUUGUUCUGUUGUAUGGGCCCCUUUUUACCAGAACGAAAUUCUGCGUAUUGAGGCUAUUCAGCGCAAAUUUAUCCGCUUUGCGCUACGGCACCUAGGUUGGCAGGAUCCUUACAAUCUCCCAAGCUACGAAAGUCGUUGCAAGUUGAUUCGUCUUGAGCUACUUCAAUCUAGAAGAAGUGUUGCGAAAGCUUGCUUCAUAGCCGACCUAUUACAAGGUGAUGUUAGUUGUGCUUCUCUUCUUGAACAAGUUGGAAUUUAUGUCCCUAUUCGUAGUCUUCGUUUUCAUAAUUUUCUGUACAUUCGUCCCGCUAGAACUAAUUAUGGACAAAAUGAGCCUUUACAGAGUAUGUGCCGCGUUUUUAAUCAAUGUUACGAUGUUUUCGACUUUAGUGUUUCUCGUGUAGUAAAUAAGAAUAGAUUUAAGAAUGUAUUGUGUUAGAGUAAGAUGGGCGUACAUGUCAUUGGGGUUUGUAUUUUAACCUGUUGACGAAUAAAUAAAUAAAUAAAUAAAUAAAUUACACGAUUACACAAUCUAUAAAAUAAACUUAAAAUCGUUUCCGCCGAACAGCGCGGGGCUUCAGAGCCGGUUGCCGUUCCUGCCUUAUGGUCUACGACAUUCUUAGGGACUGUCCAUCCCAAGUUCAUCCUCAGGGAUGUCCUCACUUGACAUUACUCUGUCCUAAACGUUAAUUAAAUAAGAUUUAGUCAAAGAUACUUUCAUCGGCUUGUCUUUAAUGUCGUGAUCAUAUAAUUUCAGCGAGUUUCACCGUUGGAUGUUGCAACCACCGACGCAAAUAAAGCCAGUUGUCGGAUUGUCCCGGAUUUAUGAAAAAUGUUUUUAUAAAACUCAACAAAAAUACUUUGAAGACGAAACAAAGACGAUUCUAAAAAUGGCGGCGUUGUUCGUCAAACUUUAACAUGGGUAUUAUUCACCCAUUGUGGGGUUGGAUGGUAGUACUGCAAAAUGUGGAAAAAAUACCCAUUAUUUGAAGCUUGUAAAACACCCAUUAGCUGUCAAAGCUCAGUACUGAUGCAAAAAAUGGGUACUAAGAACCCAUUUAAUGGGUAACGAGAACACUAGCCUGAAUUCGACUACACUGAACGAAAACCUCCGCCAUGAAUUGAAUGAUUUUUGCUUCAUCUGAGCCCCAUGCCUAUUUUCAGACAUGAUUCGGAUGAUUUUCAGUUGAUCCAGCUUCUGCCAAAACAACUUGAAUGAUGACAAUCCCGAAAAAAGCAUGAUUUUCAUUGCUUUUUAGAAAGUCAAUUUAUGAGUGAUUUUCAUUCGCUUUCCUGUUUCAUAUGAUUUGGGGUGUUUUUAAUUUAAAUUAAAAAGUUAAAAGUUAAAAAACUAAAUAAAUACAUCAUAUUAUUUUUAAUAGGGUUAUCUAUUCAUCAGUACAUUUCAUUUGAAAUUAUAAGACCUCUCUAUAUAAAUAUUUGAUGUGUGUAAUUAUGUCAUAUAAAUCCUGCACUGUUGUAAACGUCUAGGGUUCUGUUCGAUCCGAUACAGGGAAAUCGGAAAAUGAGAAGACUUUUCUUUGGCGGUGCAAGCAAGUAUCCUGUAAAUAAGUCAUUCCAUCUAUAAUGUUUGAAAAGUCUUUUAGUAAACGAAGAAAGCUAAAACAAUUCAUUCUUACCUUUCGUGAUAUGACUGACACCAGUAUUUUCUCCAGAAUUUUCAAAAAGAUUUCUCCGGCAAACUCUAACAUCUUUCAACUCCGCCAUGUCUUUUAUAUCAACAAAUGACGAAUUGAUUUGAAGUUGAAUGAUUUUCUGUAUGGAACACAGACGAUAACACUGUCAGAUGGUUUUGAGAUGAACAUCAAUCACAACAAACCCUAAGUAAAAAAUAAUUUAGAAACCGUGUCGUAUAAAAUCUCAUAACAGGAUGAUUUCAAUUCUACAAGACGAAGAAAAAUCAUCCUGCUGUGUAAUCAUUCAAAAUUCAGAUUCUGUGGAUCUGUAUCGCAUUGCAUGACAAAAUAUUCUUUACACGACCGGGGUUUUCGUUCAGUGUAAGAAGCGUUAUGAAAGUUCGAAACCGUAUGGUUCACCAGCCGUAUGAUGCCAUUCUAAAAAUGGAUGAUAGUCAUAUGAAAAUGGAAUGCUGAUCGUAUGGUCGACCAACAAUGUUUUCUAAACUUGUUUUGAAGACUUCUCGAGCAUAAUGCUCAAGGAACUUAUUAUUGUCGCGCUUAUCUUUUAUUAGAGCCCUGCGGCGGUCGUACGCCUGCGAGGCCCACAGCCGCAGUGCCAGACGCAAGGCAAGACAAAAGAAAACAUGUUCCCGCCCAAAACAAAAGCACGUGGGUUUCGCGAAGUGACAGAUGUUUUCGGAUGUAUUUGUGAUGAACGACAAGAGUCAGUAAAAUGAGUGUGCUUGAAGUCAAAUCCAAUACAAUGGAAUAAAAUACUUUUAGAAUCUGGUGACGCUUUUAUGCUUAGUAACUGUAGCGCUUAUAUUGGAAGCGAGAGGCAGGUAAUCGCCAUAUUCUGAUUUUUCUUGAGAGGCAUAAUACAAUAUCGAUGCAUAUGUUUGGCGCGGCACACAACACAGGCUUCGCUUUGCAACCAACAUUCCUCCAAACAGUGUAAGUCAAUUCAUACAAGAAUAAUGAUCGGCAUACGCUCGAUCAUUACGUCUCCAGUUAGCCUAGUGGUUAAGGCUAUGGAUCGCCAAUCCAGAGACGGCGGGUUCGAUUCCCGUUCCAGUCGGGAAGGUUUUCUCGACUCCCUGGGCAUAGUGUAUCAUUGUACUUGCUUCACAAUAUACAAAUUUAGAGGAAACAAAGCGUCAUCGUUUUUCAAAAAGUCAAAAACAGUUUUCUCGCUCAAAAUCAAACAGAUUUCCAUACAAAUUUAUCCUUGUACUCUAUUCACCAUCUAGAUAAAAGUAAAAUAAUUUCCAUUUACGGUUUUGCAAAUUUGGGCGAAAAAACUGCUUUUGAAUAGUUGAUGAUUGCUGAUGACUGAAAGAUGGUUUCUUGAGCCUUCAUGCAAUGGCAGGCAAAGAAAGCCCCUCAAUUCAUAACUGUGGAAGUGCUCAAAGAACACUAAGUUGAAGCGAGGCAGGCCAAGUCCCAGUGGGGACGUAGAGCCAUAAAGAAGAAGAAGAAGACGUUCGAUAAGACGCACGAUUGCUUUUCUUGCCGUUUGGAAGUUUAUACCGUUGUCCGACUAGAACUCUAGCGGCUUUCGUCUGGUCAUCAGACACGCUUGAAUCGUCAGGCUCUUAGCGAUUUCUAGGUAGACAGCCUUCCUUUCCUUGUCAAGCAGGCGAACAGGAAAACGUUCCUCUUCUCCGACCUGCGGCUGACCAUGACAGUAAGCGAUUCACAGUAGGCCACGAUGCGGUGAUAAGCGCAACUCCGACAGUGGAGCCAUUGUCGGAUUCGGCGGACUAUACUUCUGCACUUUAGCCCAGACGCAGACUGACCCGAUCUUCUUCAUCUCCGCUCGCAGGUUAUGGAUGUAAAAGCGCUGCCAAGUUUCAGUCUCCGUAUUUCCGUGAGCUGCUUUCUAGCGAUUGUGCUCGAGCAGCUUGAUGGCCUUCUCCACUUGCUAUUGUUGCUGAUAUGGGAGCUGCUGAUUCUUUUUCAAAGUGUAAUUUUUGUCCCGCUGGUUCGGAACGCCACAAAUUGCUCCAGUCGUGAUAUUGGCAUGUGCUGCAACGGUGCUACCUUCGACCCCGCCAUUACGAGCCAACUUAACGGUCCGGUGGCUCUCUCUGUCGGUAAUAGUAGCGAAAAUACGGACGUCUUCGACUUCUAGAAGCCUUCGGAACCAGUCGUUCCAUUUCUCCGUGCACUCUUCGUCUACCUGCUGGUCCCACUCACAUCCCGAACGCCACAGGUCCUGAAUCAGCAGUGUCCCGUAGAACGUAAAUACGGACAGCAGCCCUAACGGAUCUGAUAAGCUGGUACCGUCUACUCCCGUUGGUUUGAACGACACCUCUGUGGUGACCGAAAAUCUCUUCGCCGUCCAUUUUCUUCCCGGAACAAAACUGCAGCACGUCCGAUAGCUCCGAAGUUAGUUUUCUGAAUGAAGAAGCAUUCACAUGCACGCCACUAGCCGAAUCAUCGCGUUCAUUUUUAUUCGAACACAUUAUUCUGAACCACCCAUAAAAACAUGGGAAAUAUGCAUACCUUUAACAUCUAAUCGUUCCACAAAAGCUCAUUUUCAAGUUCCACAUUAAGUUCUACACAAGUUCCACCAUAAACACAUUCGAUUCGGUAUUCGAGAUCGCCCAAUAUUUUCGAUCGCAGCAAUCCGAGAAACGUCAGAUGGACUUCGUUUUUGUUUUGGUCCGUCGUCCGUAUUGGUUUUCGUCUGGAUUGGAAGUGCAUCGGCAAGUGCAUUGCCGAUAAAUAUUGCACUUUCUCUUCUAGAUUGGUAAACAAAUCAAUUAAUUCAUUCUUUCAUUUCAUUUCAUUUUAUUCUUACUCUGUAUUCUACAACCUCAUACAAACCAAAGGAAUUUAUUUUUAAUUUUAGUUUGAACGACGUGCAGAUUAGCGGGGGUCAAAUUAAAAAGUCUUCAGAUCAGAUGCGGUCAAACGAACGAGUAUUACCUUAACCGUCCUAAGAUGUUAGAUCAAGCGCACCCCGAUAGCGUUGUGUACGUUCAGCGAGCAUGUCUAGGCCAAAUUGACCCCAACAUCCUACUAGGGUUAAGAAAUUUCUCUAGUAGAUUCUUCAGGUUUCUGUUUCUUUUUAAGAGUUGUUUUACAAAAUCCUCUAGACGUUCUGAAGUUUCUUCGACAAUUCCUCCAGGAGUUUCUUCAGUGAAUUCAAGGAAAUCAUUCAGAAGGUGUUAUUCAUUUUUGAUUUCAUAACGUUCCCAAUGGGGCACGUUCGGUGUAGUACUAGAUUUGUAGUAAUGAGCUGAAUUUUAGUAUGGUGAGAAGGUUAAUUCUCCGUUUCUGCAGUGAAAUGGUACAAAAAGCGUGGGUAUUACGAUUCCUUGGCUAAUUUGAUGCUGUUUGAGCAAAAUUUUGGAUAACGAUGUUGUUUAUGUUGCAAGAAAUGGAGAAAACAACAACACUGUUGCCGUACUUAACCCGAUUUUCUUUUAAUUUAUGUGUAGGAAGAAUUCUUGGAAAAAAUGUAUAGGAUAUCGAACUUCUGAAGAAAUUUCUGGAGUAACUGUUGAAUUAACUCCUCGAGAAAUUCCUGCAGCGGUGAAUUCUGGAGGAAUACUUGAACGAAUUCUUGGAGUAUCUUGUAAAAGAACUUCUGAAAACCCCCUACUUAAUCCACGGUGAUGACGCCUUUCUUGUGCCUUCGGAAACCCAUCUCAACAAAACUCAAUGUUGAUGAACAUCGCACUUUCACCCGUAAAAAAUCCAUUUCAUGACACCAGAAAUCAAAUUAUCGUUUAACUGGCUUUUGAUUUUUCAGUCUUAAAUUCCAUCUUGAAUUUUGAGCCGCUAUCUAGGAUUUUGGACCGUCAUCUUGGAUGUUCUGGUCGCCAUUUUUGGACUCCAAACAACUUCUCCAUACCCAUUACCCAAAUAAAUAGUCUCCACGCAUAUUCGCCAUACCAAAUAUACCCAUAAUGCAUGGUUUUAGAUCCUAAAACUCCAUUAAACAGCUGUGGGCUUCGUGGUCGUGCGAUUAGCGGCGUCAGUCGUCUAGGCGUUUCGUAAGCCUCGGCGUGCGGGUUCGAUUCCCGCCCCAGUCGGGGAAAACUUUUUGUCAAACGGAAAAUUCUCCAUUGGGCCACUGGAUGUUAUGUGUGUUGUCCGUUGUCUCAUGUAUGUAAUGUUCAGUCUGUGCAGCCUCUGGCUGAAGACGGUGUAGUGUCUUUUUUUUUUGGAUUCCAUAUCACCAUCUUGGAUAUUAUGGCACCAUUUUAAAGUACCAGACAUAUUUCCCAUACCAAAUAUAGCCAUAAAUCAUGAUUUUAGAGUUUAAAACUCUAUUAACCUUCUUCGUGCUUGCGCUUACCUCGCUGACCUAGUGCACGUUUAGGGGUCAUAAUGACCCCAAUGCAAGACGAGGGUUAAACUGCCGCCAUGUUGAAUUUUGGGCUGCCAUCUUAAAUUUUAGAAUUCAUCUUGGAUAUUCUGGUUGUUAUUUUUGGACUCCACACAUCUUCCCCACACCAAAUAUACCCAUAUUACAUAGUUUUAGAGCCUAAAAUUCUAUUAAACAGCAGCCAUCUUGAAUUUUCAGCCGUCAUCUUAAAUAUUAGGUCGCCAUUUUGAAUUUUAGGCCGACAUUGUGAAAUUUAUGAUCUCCAGUGGUGACUUUCGCACAAAGCUCAUCAAUCAUGCUAAAGGUUACACAAAUCGGCGUAGUUUGAUGUGUCGCAUGAAGGGGCAUAGUUCAGUUUUAUACAUAUACGGCCUAGUAUACGGCUAGUUCUACUGGUGUUGGUCUGGAUCACUAAAUUGGCCAUAACUCGGGAACGCCUUGACCGGUCCAGAUCAUUUUUGAUAGCAAACAAUGCGGUAAAAUUUAAGUUUAAUUUUUGUCCUGAAAUUUCUGAGUUCGAGAUAGAACGCCGCAUUUCUAAGCAGAGUUACUCAUUACAUAUAACUUGUUCUCCAUAACCAAUGCUCCUCGCGAACUGAAAUUUUCACUGUAGCUCAGGGUACGAAAUACGGAUCACGCCGAAAAAUAAACGCUUUGUCCUAAGCGGUGCAUGUUGGUAACAAAGGCGCUCCGCAACAAACGCAUGUCAGGUGAUGAGAGCAAUAAAACAAACAUCGUUACCCGUGCGUGUACCGAUAUUCAUGCUUUUUGCUAAAAUUUUUGACCCACAUCAUCGAAUUCAUAAGCAUUUGGACGAAUUAAGACUCUUUCAAACCUCAGAGUCGAGUUUCAGUUGUAAAACAAUGCGAAAAUCACGAUGUGUAUAGAACGAGACAAAUAUUCCUACCGUUUUUGUUAUGAAAGAAUUUGGGAGCGAUUUUGUCAUUCUCUUCUAACGAAAAAACAAAGCGCUGUUGCCGUGCCUUCUUUGUUGCCUAUUUUUCGCUUGCGGUGCCAUAUUCUGCGUACACUGGUAGCUUGAUAACAUCUUAUUUUUAAAUGUAUAGGGUACGUUGAGAAAUCAAAUUUCAAUUGUAGGUAUUUUUGUCGAAACUUAUAAACAUUUGCAUGUUUAAAUGUCUUUUUGAGGUAAUCCACACAGGAAAACUUAUAUAAUCUGAAAGUAAAACCACAGACAAACAGACGUAACACUUCCAUCGUUUUUAACGCUUUUAACGAUCAUUUUAAUUUUUCAUAGUUGGGGCUUGCAGAACCAGAGGCACGCGCAUCGUUUUCCUUUGCGUUUUACGAUUCUCACUAGCACCUUCUGUUGACGAUAUUGCUCAACGCAGUGUUUCGUGAAACAUUUCCACUAGGUUAUGCUAGUGUGAACUGCGUGAUGGAUUUUCACGAAAAUUGUUCUUGGUGUUACGUCUGUUUGUCUAGUCUAGUCUAGUCUACUUUAGUCUACACAUCGUGCUCCACAUACACAGCCAUUCAUUGAAAGAAUCCUGGAAAAUGAUAGAAUCGACUAAUUCUACCAUUUUUCUUGUCAUUAUUAAUGCUUGCAGUACAUCGGAAAUGCAUUACAAGCAUUAAAGCGGCCAGGCCUACUGUGCAGCGUUAUUGGUUUUACAAUAAAGCCAUUGAACGGGGACAUCUCGUACCAACCGCUCAGCUUUUUAGAAAACAGAAUACCUGAAAAUCGAUGGGGGUGACGAUGCUAAGAAGGUUAAUGUCACCCCUUGGCCCUUCACUUCCUGGGAUGGAACACAGGUAUUUGGUCCGUGUCCUGGCCCUUAUGCCUAGGCUUAAGCGCCUUUACUCGCGCUCUGGAAUGAAACAAACUGGGUGCAAAGCAAACGCUACGUUACUGAAAAUUAGUUUUCAUAAAUGCCUCCUUAAGGGAAAAAGAGAAAACGUAGUUUGAAACGGUCUCACCAAUUUAUCUGGAAACUGCAGUUUCUCAGUGUUAACAAGGAAUCGGGUUUCUGCAGUUUUUCACAAUGGUAUCCAGUUCAUGCUUCUGCUUCUUGGUAUCAGCUCUUCCUCUCGAAACUAGCCUAACAACGUUGAUAGUCUGGAUAAGCUAAAUAUUCUUGUCGGUUUUGAGCAAUGUUUGGCAAAAACCAAAUAUACUAUAUUAACAAUAUAGGUCACUUCGUGUUUUCACAUACAACGACAUGGAGACGCCGUUUACGAAUGAUUACAGCACCACCUGUUGUCAGAAAAAAUCAAUAAUUAUAUUUUGAUCAAUUUUUGUUUACCGUGUAAGGUGACAUUUCUGAAAAAAAGAUGUUAGGGGUGUCAAAGUUUUUUGUUCCAAAAAAUCGAUUAAUAAAUAAUCGAUUUAUAAUAUACACAAACAAAAUAAUGUUGCGCAUUCCCGGAUAAAAAAUUACCAUUCGUUACAUGGUAAAUAUUAUUAACAUAUGACUGGUUUUAUUGUUCACAAUAAAACACACAGUAGAUAUAUUGUUACGUUUUACAAUAGAAAUCAAGCCCAUAUAGUUCGUACAAUAAGUGAACAUUAGUUUUAUUAGUGACUAAUUGAUUUGAUUGUUUUUCUAUAGUUCCUAAAUAAUUUAAAGUUACUAUCAGUAAAAAAUAAUUUAAGUCGUUUUUAUACAGUUGGAAAAGUGUUUGCAAAGUUCUCAUGGACUUUUUAUUAAAAAAGAGUUUAUUUCUCAAUCACCCUUAAAACAAUUCGUAACAAAUAAAUAACAAUAAAUAUCAUUGUUGCUUGGAUCAUGUUUAUUUUACUCUGUAUAAUCACAUACAAAACCACUUGAUAUAUUUUUUUUAGUUUUCGUUUUAAAUUUGAAUACAGUAGAUGUUUUGCUUAUCGAAUGUUAUUCGGUAUAGCUGCAACGACUGACACACGUCAAACCAUGUUGACAGAGGAAACUCUCAAUUAAUAACUGAAGAAGUACUUAUAAAAACUAAGUAGCUGAAAAGCAGGUUUUAUCCAAGUGAGGACAUUACGACACGAAAAAGAUGAACAAUGAUUUUUCUAUUGUUUCCAAAUAAAUUAAAGGAAUCUUGUAAAUAGUAAACUACCAUUGAUAACAAUACAAAUACAAUUAGUUUAAUGGGGUCAAUUGAACCGAUGUUAAAAUAAACAUGCGAUAAUAUUUGUUGUUAUGUAAACAGAUUUCGCCUUUGAAAAACCAUAGAAUUCAUCUUUUUCGGUAACAAUUUUCUCCAGUAUUUACAGGUACUAAUGGCCACAUGAAUUGUGAACGAUUUAUGGUAAGGAUCAUAUGACCUGAGGUCUGACUUGUGAUAUUUGGUAGUUAUUUGAAAAUAUUGAUGAUAGAUGUUAUCAACAGCUGCCAAGCAAUACAUACCAGAUAAACAUUAGAGUGUUUGAUUCUUAUCAUAAAAUUUGCAUACCAUUCUGGUGGCCCUUAGUGCUCGUAAAUGCUAAAUAUAAAUGUUAGCGGGAAAUAUAAAUUCUAUGCAUUUUCAAAAGCGAAAACUUCUUACAAAUAACAACAAAUACUAUUGUAAUUUUAUUGUAACAACGAUUCAUUUGAUGUCAUUCAAUUAAUUGUAUUUGUAUUGUAAGAACAAUGAAAAAACAUUAGGAUAUAUUGUAUUCUUUUGAAAAUUGUCCUAAAAAUAUCUCAUAAAAACACAAUACAUUCUAUUGUUUUUCGCGUAAAAAUGUAUGAAAAUUUUCUCAAAAUUUUAUGGUAAAGAUACAUAACAACCACCAUUUUUUAUUGUAAAAGUGCCAUUUACCAUUCGCCGAAUGGUAUAGUACAAUAGGGGUGAUGGUGAAUGUGCUGUGCCAAUUACAAUAUUUUUAAUGGUGAAUAAUUGUCGACAAAAUGGUGUUGUAACAAUAAAAUUUAUCGUAUUUUUAUGAUAUUUUUUAUCAGGGUUUAGUUCACCACUGGACGGCGCACUCAGUCUUUAUAAGUGCGAAAACGUUAAUGCAUCAAAUCCAGUUGAUAUCUUCAGCGCACUAUUUCUUUGAUUUAUGCUGAAUAAGUGCUCUGAACACACCGAGUUGAUUUGUUUCAAUUGCGCACUUUAAUUUACGUUUUCGCACUCAUGAAAACUCGUGCGAUAGUCCAGUGGUAAACUAAAUGCGCUAUACUUCAUAAGAUGACAUCUACGAAGAAUUUGAAUGCUCCCUCAUUAACGUCACCGAAAUCGUUUCACUUCGAAAUUUAAAAUUUUCACCCUCAAAAUUAACUUAUAUUUUGCCCUGGUGGUUACUAUUUUUCUUUGACAAUGGCUUUUAAUAUCAUCUUUUUUAAUGUCCAUGUUGACAUACAUACAUCGGAUUGGAUAGCUUACAAAAAUCCGGAAGAUCACCAACCAAAUGCACGUCAAAUUUCUUGUGGCAGAAUGCAAGACAUUGAAUCCAAGGGUGCACAAAGCUAAUGGACAGAUGCACGAAAUUUCAACGUUUGAGCGUUCCGUGCUUACAAAAAAUGAGCUCCGGGACCGGACCUGAGAAUAGAAUACGUCAGAUUUAAUUUCGAUUAAUUUUGUUGUUCUUCCGAAGUGAACUGUGAGUUUAUUCGAAUACUUGUUGUUUUAUUCCGGACUAAUCGGUUUCCUUUGUUGUUGAAUGAGUGAACAUUGUGUUGUCAAAGAUUGAACAUUCACACGAUCGUCGCGAAAUCCUUCAAAGCUCAUUAUUUUUAAAUAUAUAGUCAUGGGUUUGUGGGUGAACUUCAGUUAGUAAAAAUAUUCAAACAAAUUCGCCUGCUGCAGAGUGAUAAUUCUCCAUAAAUUUAGUCAGGCAUUCCUUCAGAUGUUCCUUCUGAAUUCCUUCUGAUUUUCCAACGGAAGUUCCUUCUCAGUUUUCUCUUUUCCGUUGCUUACCGGAAAAAUCCGUUGUUGUUUAUCCGUUGCUAACCGUCGUUAAUCGCGUCUAACAGCACCUGCGGCUCAGUUAGCAGCGGUUAGCGACGGUUAGGAUAUGUCAUUCCCCUUGGUUUCCUUCUAGUUUUUUUUUCUGAGAUUCAUUCAGGAGCUUUUUGUGAAAUUCCUCCAGGAGUGCCUUCAGAGAUUGAUUUGAAGUUUUUUUUUUCUUAAAUUUCUCCAGAGGUUUCCUCGAGGAACCCCCAGGAGCUCCUACUGAAAUUACUCCAGCAAUUUCUUCUGAUGUUCCUUCAAGAAUUAAUUCUAGGAAUCCUCAAGAAUUCUCUUCUAGGAUUCGUCAAGAAGUUCCUUAUAGGAUUUUCUUAUAGGAGUUUCUUGGAGUUUUUUCUUGGAUUCCUGCAGAAGCUCAGCUCCUUCCCUGCUGAUUCUCAGCGUCUUCCCUGCUGAUUCCCUCAGCAGUUUUUUUUUACGAAUACCUCCCGGAGUUCCUUCUGGAAUUCCUCCAAAAUUUUCCAAGACCGACCAGGAGUUGUUUCAAGGAUUUAUCCAAGAGUUCCUUUAAAAAAUCCUCCAUCUGGGAAUUUCAACCGGGAUUUCCACUAGUAUUCCUCCGAAAGUUCCUUGUGGAAAUCACUCCGUCCGUUUAGGAUUUCCACCGAGUCUUCUGGGAUUUUUCAAGGAAUUUCUUUUGAAAUUUCGUAGAAACUCCGAAGUGACUUUGUAAAUCUCCAACGCGAUUUUAUACGCGAUAAUAUUUUUCGAAGGAUCUUUCCAGGAUUCCUUCAGAAGUUCCCUCUUUGAAGUAUCAGAAAUCCUCCAGGAAUUAUUUUUGUGAUUCCUUCUGAGACUUCUAUAAAUUUGUAAGUACUUUCUUCCGAGAUUCCCAGAAGAAAUAAGUGAAUACUAGAUUUGUAGUAAUGAGUUGGUUUUUUGUAUGGUGAGAUGCUACCAACGAUAACGAUAUACAACUAGCAUUUUUUUCGGUGACCACGGCAUCAUCUGUGACCGGCAUACGGGGCUUUUCGUUUGUUAGCCUCAUUUAUGUCCGACCCCUUAGUUUGACAGAAAUUAAUGUCAAAGUGACAAUUCAAUUCUUGUUUUGUUUAAGCGCGGCGCGUUUAAUUAAUUUUAUAAAACGAGCUCGUCCGUACGUAUGUUAAUCGGGAUUCCUAGAUAAAUACCUUAUUCGGUAAUAAGUUUUGAUUCCAUCCGGAAUGAAAAGGGUAUCCCGAUGCCGUGAUAUCUAUCAGCAUACACAACCGGACGUUUCCAAAGCUUUUGAAGGCAAUGUGGACAAAUAUACCUACAGAAGGAGGCACCAAAGUUUGGUGAAAUGGAAUGUUAGCGUAAGUAGGAUAAUGUCCGGCUCCAGGAAAAUCAUUGACAAAGAGCUGUGCCGAGACGGAUGCCAUCGGAAAUCUCAACCAGAAGAAACAGACAUGAGCAAAUGUCGUAUGGAUGUGCUGGUACCGGAAUCAAAGAUAAAUACUCGUUGCCGAAACUCCCCGGGCAAAGGUAGACGACGAACUAUGAGUAUGAGACGACCACUUGAUACCCUGGAUCGCAUGCUGCCAUUGCCAUUUCACGAGUCAACGCAAGUUGGAACACUUCCGUGAUUGGAGAACUCCGUCUCACAGAAAAAAAGGGUUCCAUCAGGAACGACCCCAUCCGGAAUGUUGACGACACCCAUAGCGUAUCCAGAACGUCGCCAGGCGUUUGGGAGGGAACGGGAGCCAAAAUACGGCGUACCAAAAAGACUCAGAUGGCGGCAGCUGCCAGCAAAAAAGUUAAAUACAAUGUGUCGGCAGAAGCAAAAUGAGUACCCAGCAUUUCCACUGUGAAUUUUCAAUUAUAUACAAUUACAUUGGCUUGGUAUUGUUCAUCGCCAUUUGGCUUAAAAACAAAAGCAUAUGUAUUUGUAAGUUUGAUGUCUGCAUAAUAAAGAAAAGUGAAGUAAAUGAA